AUGACAGCCUCAUCAAAUGAAGAUGGCUUAGUGUUCGAAUGUUACAGCGAUCCCGAAUUAAAAAGAUGGACACACCUUGCUAAUGCAAAAACUUGGAAAGGUAUUCUGACAGUGCAGCAGUACGCCGAUAGAGAACAAUUGCUAGGGUCUUCAGAGAUUUCUCAAAAGAAUAAAUCAAACGAGAUGAUGGAAACAUACCCAAAAAGUUAUCAGUGGCUUGGGCAGAAGUACUUUGUUUUGAAGGACCGAUCUUUGCCAGAAAAUGGAGAAUUCAGCCAAGUUGUUUCCAGUUGCGAAACUUUAAACAGGAUUGGAUAUUGUAUUCAUCCAGGUUCUAAUGGGAAAAUCGAGCCAGCUUUGAUUGUAUGCAUCGGAGGCGUGUUUACCUUCGAAAACCAUCGCCGCAAGGGCUACGCCAAGAACAUGAUCAUUAAACUGAAUGAAUUUUACGACAAAAUACGUGAUGAAGCUAACAACGUAUUAGAGUUGAAGAAUCUGGUAAUUAACCUUUACAGCGAGGUCGGAGAAUAUUAUUCCACACUAGGAUACAAGAGUAUGCAUGUUCCCUUGCAUCAUCUUUCCAAAUUAGAUGAACUCACUAAGAGAUAUUGCGGAGAAGGAGAUGUAAAUGAUGGCAAGUACUUGGAAUUUGAUGAUUAUAGGGGUUUAGUAGAACUACAUGAAGCACAGUUCAAAGAAAGUUUAUUAAGUUUACACGAGGAAAACCCAGAGAAGUUUAUUUUUACUGUUGCCCCAGAUUUUGACAUUUUCAAAUGGUUUCAGUAUCGUGACCUUUUUAUUAUGAAGAAAUCAGGAAGAAAAACUCAGCAAAAUUUGUCCUUUGGAUAUGCAUUGAGUGAUGACAGCCACAUCAUAUGGCAUCACAAUUGGAACGGCGAUUCUCUCAUUAUUGUCAAAAUUCAUAUACCUGACGAAACAAUCCAAGGAAAAGAAUUGAGGCUCAAAAAGCUGCUAAAGAAAGCUAUAGAAGAAACAAAGAUGCACGGAUUACAAGAGUUAGAAUUUUGGGAUGAAGAAAUUCCUAUUAAACGGUAUCCACAACUGUUCCAGUUAUUGACAGAGCUAGAAAAUGAAUCUAAAGUUUUCUCAGAAAACGGUUCCAUCAGUGCUGUUCGACCCCCCAAAGGGUACGCGGCUGAACAGGUUAUUUGGGAUAAUAAUACCAAAUUCUGUUGGUUUUAA